UCUCUUCCUCUUAUAAAAAAACGGACUGUGCUCGAAUACACUCUCUGAGAAUGACCAAAAACGGUCGACGACUGAAAAUAUUGAUAUAUUGAUUGAGAUUUAUAAAAAGUAUUAUUGGUAAUCCCCAAGGUAAGACUGUUUUUUUUUUUUUUUUCAUUUGACGCUGUUUUCUAUCGAAUGUGCUGAAAUACAGCCUGUACGGUUUGAGAGCACGGUUCCCCCUCCCCCGCUGCCCACAGACACCAUCGCACAGAGAGUAAGAGAGGGAGGGGGAAGGAGAGAGAGGACAGAGAGAAAGAGAGAGAGAGCGAGAUAGAGAGAGAAGAGAGCGUUAGGCAGCACCCGUGAGAGGGAAACAAGAGACUGCCGCGCGGAGGAGAGAGAAGAGAAAAAGCAGCCGCCGAACGGACAAAGGAAAACAUGGAUGUAACUGGAAAAUGUCAUUUUAAACUAGCACCUAUACCGGAGAGGAUGCUUUGGUCGUCCUGCACAUAGUAGGGGGUAACGCACGAACUCUUCCCCCCAUUUUAAUGUGUCGGGUGGGGACGCACGGCAAGCUAAAAAGGCGGAAAGCUAUCUCUAAUCCGUCUGCGGACCCUGCCUGCUUGCGAUGGCUGUGGCAGGGCGAUGCUGUUACAGCAUAACGCAGAAUGUGCCUUUUACUUUUUAUUUUGUGAUUUUUGUACUCAGUGGCCUUUCAAAUGCACAAAUACGAUACACCAUUCAGGAGGAGCAGGAGAAUGGGGCUGCGGUCGGCGACAUUGUUCGAGAUUUGGGUCUGGACCUGAGAAAGCUUUCCUCGCGACGCAUCAGAAUCACCUCGGACAGUGCACGAAGAUAUUUCAACAUAAAUCAUAAAAAUGGAAAGCUGACGGUGAGUGACCGCAUAGACCGAGAGACGCUGUGUGAAAUCAGUGGCACCUGUUUCCUUAACCUAGAGGUGGUGGUUGAGAACCCGCUCGAGGUGCACAACGUGGAGGUGGAGAUUCUGGAUGUGAAUGACAACUCGCCACAGUUCCCCAGGGAUGAGUACCAGCUGGAGAUCUCAGAGUCGGCACUAACGGGUGCUCGGUUCCCCAUCGAGGGCGCGCAGGAUGCAGACGACGGCUCCAACUCGGUUCGGCUGUAUCGGCUCAGCAACAACGAGCACCUCGCACUGGACUCCAACAAGCCCUCCGCAAAUAGCAAGCACAUAGAGCUCGUGCUUAAAAAGCCAUUUGACCGCGAGCAUACACCGUCUCAUCAGUUGAUACUGACAGCUGUCGACGGCGGUGCGCCAGCGCGCACCGGGACAGCCAAAAUAAAUGUGCGUGUUCUGGAUUCCAACGACAACGUUCCAGCAUUCGACAAUUCCGUAUACAAAGUGAAACUGUCAGAGAACUCUCCUAAGGGUGCUCUAGUCAUAAAGUUGAAUGCCACGGAUCCAGAUGAAGGCACAAACGGGGACGUGUUUUACUCUUUUAGCAGCUAUACCCCAGAGAGAGUGAGACAAAUGUUCUCAUUGGAUACAGAUACAGGAGAGAUCAGAGUGAAGCACAACAUAGACUAUGAGGAGACCAACUCCUAUGAAAUGUACAUACAAGCUAUGGACAGAGGCCCUUCCGCGGUGGCCGUCCACUGUAAAGUGGUGGUGGAGGUUCUGGACAUGAACGACAACAUUCCUGAAAUCGUGCUGUCGUCUCUGUCCAGCCCUGUCCGUGAGGAUGCAAGGGCCGACACGGUGGUGGCUCUGAUCAGCGUUAACGACCGGGACUCCACCCAGAACAAACAGGUGACCCUGGAGAUCCAGCCCGGACUCCCUUUUAAGAUCAAGUCUUUCCGGAACCACUACACCUUAGUCACUUCUGCCUUCCUUGACCGAGAGACCAUCUCCACCUACAACGUCACAGUAACGGCCGUUGAUGGGGGGAGCCCGGCCCUCUCCUCACACAUGACCAUUAAGGUGGACGUGGCGGAUGUCAAUGACAACCCUCCCCGCUUUGAGCAGACGUCCUACACUGUAUACAUGACGGAGAACAAUGCGCCCGGCGCUUCCAUGUGUGUGGUGAAGGCUCUGGACGCCGACACCGGGGAGAACGCUCGUAUCACCUACACCGUCCUGAAUGACAACAACCAUGGCAUCCCGGUGGCGAGCUACGUCAGCAUCAAACCCGACACGGGGGAGGCCUACGCCCUGCGGUCCUUCGACUUUGAGAAGCUCCGAGAGUUCCACUUCCAGGUGAAAGCCCAGGAUGGAGGCGUGCCGCCCCUCAGCCGCGUGGCCACCGUCUAUGUUUACAUCAUGGACCAGAAUGACCACUCCCCCAGGAUAGUCCACCCUCCAGCCAAUGGGACGCGGACCACCGAGACGCUGAUGAAGAACGCGGAGGCGGGGGCACUGGUGACCAAAGUGGUCGCGUGGGACGGGGACGCGGGUCAGAAUGCCUGGCUGGUCUAUGCCCUGGAUCAGACCACUUCUGACCUGGACCUGUUUAAAGUCCACGAGCACACGGGGGAGAUACGCACCACGCGGCGGGUCAGUGAGGAGAACUCCACCUCCUUCCUGUUGACUGUCUUGGUCCGUGACCAUGGCCUCCCGCCACUCUCCUCCACCGCUAUUGUCAACGUGCACGUCAUGGAGCUGCCGCCCAAGCUGACCCCUGACCCCAAGCGCAUCAUCAGGCCUCACAGCACACAGCUGUUCUCGAACGUGACCCUCUACCUGAUCGUGGCCCUGAGCGCCACCACCUUCGUGUUCCUGGUGACCGUGGUGGUGCUGGCCAUCGUCCGCUGCCACGCCUACUGCACCCAGCCCGGGUCCUGCUCUCCCUGCUGCGUGUCCCAGAAGAGCGUCCCCGAGGGGGGCGCCUCGGCGGGCGGCGGCGGAGGGUCAGGCGGCGGCGGCGGCGGAGGCGGCGGGGCAGGUGGUCAGGGUCAACCCAACAACAACGUGGCUCUGCGCCGAGACCUGAAGGUGGAGCCGCACUACAUCGAGGUGCGGGGGAACGGCUCCAUGACCAAGACGUACUGCUACAAGACGUGCAUGACAGCCACGUCGGGGAGCGACACCUUCAUGUUCUACAACACUGGCCGGCCCCACAGCGGCACCUGGGGCUCGGGGGGGUACGUCACCAGCCAGAGCGGACAGAGCCAGAUGUUUGUGCGCCGGCUCAGCAUGCCAGACGCCACCGCCAUACAGCCCAAGGCACCCAAUUCAGACUGGCGUUACUCAGCCUCACUUAGAGCUGGCAUGCAGAGCUCAGUGCACAUGGAGGAGUCCUCGGUGAUGCAGGGAGCCCAGGGGGUUCUGGUCCAGAACUGGCCGACCGUGUCUAGUGCCGCCGGAGAUGCUGAGGGUGGAGAGGUGUCUCCUCCCAUGGGAGCCGGAGUGGACAGCAACAGCUGGCACUUCCGCUAUGGCGCCGGCGGCCCUGGAGCGCCCCCGCAGCACCUGAAGCCCGGGGAGGUGCCUCCAGAAGCCUUCAUCAUCCCUGGAUCUCCCGCCAUCAUCUCCAUCCGCCAGCAGGGAGGAGAGGACGACAAGAGCGACUUCAUCACCUUCGGAAAGAAGGAGGAGGCCAAGAAGAAGAAAAAGAAGAAGAAGGAGAAGAAGGAUAAGAAGGAUAAAGGGAAGGAUGAUGAUGAGUAGUGGAGGAAGAACAGGAGGAGGAAGAGGACCGGAGGGAGUUGAUAAAACAGAGAUACCAACCAAGUCCGCUGGGAAUCAAAACAUUGUCUCUGUUUAAAAAAAUAUAUAUGUCCUCACCAAGAUUACUGUCACCACCACAUCCCUUACUGAGGUAAUUGAUAAAUCAUACCUUGGUGAGGAAAACAAAUGUAUUCCAUGCCCACAGUGGCCUAUAAACCCUGAGCCAAACAAGACCUUCUCAGCCAGGGGAUUAGAGCUAGUAUCCCCCCAACCCUCUGCUUUUUACCCGUGGACAGGUUGGCAGCUCUGUCUUAUGCGUCCCCUCCCACCACGUUGUAAACUCACAUCUCUUUAAGAGGAAACAAACAUCCAACGAAAAGAUGAACACAGCUCUGUGCCAGCCUUGUAAAAAGAGCAAAAAAGAAAAAAAACAGGAAAGGUCAAGACGAACCAAUAGGAAGUAAACGAACGAUGACACGCAGUUUAAUGUUUGUGAUGUAGAGCUGGACACUCACACUUGUAAAUAGCACCGGAGAGAGUGACUGAAGCUGAGGUUAAAGGUCAACUGGACACUGCUGCUGCUUCCUGUCAUGUUCUCUGUCUAUCAGUGUUCCCGAGACAGCAAGGAAAACAUGACUGUCAAUGACACACACACACACACAUACAGUAACAACAUGGAAACUGAGAACACCUGAGACCUGGAGAGAGGUGCAUAACAGCCAAUAAAACAACAAUGUAAUGAACACACAACACAAGUUGUAGAGAAUGCAAGCUCCUCCCCAGCAGCACGGUCACCAAAGCAGUACACAGUAGUUCUACUCUCUCAGGGUCGACAGGGAAGUUUUUCCUGGUUGGUUCGCUCUUUCGGGACAAUGACAUUCCUUCUCUCUCAGAGCAGCCAACAGCUGAACGCAAACAGGGAGAUACAGUGAAUGCCAAAAAGGAUGAACACUCAUCGGAUUUUCUUGAGAACGAAAGAGGGACGAGUCCAGUUGGCCUGAUGUUGAGAGGUUUGGAUCUGGAGUCUUGCAGAACAACAGGAGUGUCUCGAGCUUGGUGAGCUCUUCUCCUCUCCCCUGCCACUUAGCAAAAGCCUGACGCUUUCUGCUCUGAAUGUUUGGUAGCAACCAUCCCUCACCUGAUAACCAACAUCCUCCGCUCCAAGCACCCCCACACCCACCCUCAACGCCACCCUUUCCCCAACCACAGACUGCUUCUUCACAUGAUGAUGAUGAUGAUAAAUUGUGAAGUUUUUCUCUUUUUAUUUGUUCUUGGAGAAGAGCCGCAAUUUCCUAGUCAGUUAUUUAUUUAUUUUUUUGCAUUAACUGACCUGCAGUCAGUGCUUCUGCUUGUCCACCCCCCUCGCCAUGUCCUCUGUCUCUCCAUGGACUCUGCCUCCAACUCCCUGUUCGUUCAUGGUGAACUGGGAAGGCCUAUUCUGAACAUUGUGGUGUGCUGGAGACAGCAUGGAGUAAUGUGAACGAGGCCUGAGGAACCCGGUCGGGGCCAGGAGUGUAUUAUUCUGUGAGCUAAUGUCAGAUGUCUCUAAGUGCAAAACGGUUCAGUGCUUUUAACUUGUUAAUACUACGCUGUCCAUUCCUAUUUGUGGUCCUUGGCAAGAGGAGAUGAGGUGGGAUGGAGACAGGGAAUGGGGUGGAGGGCUGAACAGGGUAUCAAGGGCUAGCCCUGUCCUCCAUGUUCCCAGGUAAACAUGUGUUAUUAUAAAAUUCAUUAUGAUUGGUGAAUCCAAACAGUUGGCCACUCAUUGGCUUUUAUGCACAUGAUAAAAGUAGAGUUAGAUUUGCUAUUCAUAUAUAACCUCGGCAUUAAUAAAUGCAAUGUAUAGCCUAAUUAUACAACUUUUAAUGAAUAAGUAAGGGAAUCUUAGGAUUCCAACCCCACAGCUCUAUCCCACCAAUCCUCUCUUCACGAGGUUUUAUAAAGGGGCGGAGACAUGCUUCAGCCCUGCUUCUAUUGGUCCCCCCUUCCUCUGCCUGUAAGUUGUUGCCACGCCCCUCAUGUUUUGCGGCUCAGUAUGACGUCACUCCACAAAAGAGGCUGCUGCAUGUAAUUUUCAAAGGAAACACAUAUUAUAUAGAGAAAUAUAUAUAUAGAAAUAGAUGGCUAUGAUUUUAUUAUUUUCUAUUAUCAUUUUACUUCAUGACUCGCACAGGAGAUAUUUGUAUGUACCGUCUCUGCCAAGCAUCUUCUACAUAUUACACCUCCGCACUCCACAAGACAGUGGUGUUGUACGACGUUAACUAAUCCUCUUAGAUAUUUGUAAAUGCUACAGUGUGAUGCCCUUGAACGCAACUUUGUUUGAUUUCAUUUGAUCGAAGUAUUGUUUUUGUUUUCGAGAACAAGUAAAGAAAAGAAAAUGGAGAAAAAAAAAUAUUUGUGUCUGGCUUUGACAUUAUGAUCUAACUAACAGUGUAAUAUUGUAACUGAAAUAUGUAUGAUCCUACAAUGAGCUUUUUGCCUCCCUUUCACCCCCUUUCAACAGAAAAAAAGGAAAAACUAUGAAAAAAAUGUAUUCCAAUGUAAAAAAAUGGUAUAUGUAUUGUAUGCUUGUAUUUAGUGAGCGUUCACGCUGUCAUUCUUUAUCAGUGUAUGGUGGUGACCAAUGGUGGCGCUGUACUGUCCCACUGGUCAGUACAGAUCUGUUGUAAAACCUUUUUUGUACACCUGCUCAUCUACUGUGAUGGUGAAGUAGUGAAAUUUCAUUUAUUUCUGUUUUUUUAUUUUACCUAAAUGGAUACAGUGGUAAUGUGUUUUGUUUAUAAAUCACUAAAUAAAGUUUUCUUUCAUAAAAAUGAGA